GCUUCUGUAGCCCGGCUGGUCUCUCAUGGCACAGAGCUCCAGGAUGAAGUCCCUCUGGAAAGUCCUUCGGGUGGCUUCUCUCUUCGUUCUCCUGCCCUUUCACACCUCAGCUUCGCCAGCCCACGAUGACCGACCUGGCACCAGACACGCCAAUGGCCACGUCUGUGUAGGGUGUGUGGUGGUGCUGUCUGUCAUUGAACAGCUUGCACAAGUUCACAACGCUACGGCCCAGGCUGCGAUGGAGAGACUGUGCAGCUACCUGCCUGUAAAACUGUUCUUAAAGAGCACCUGCUACUUAGUGGUUCGCACAUUUGGACCAGAUAUCAUAAAACUGCUUAAUGCAGAUAUGAGUGCUGAUGUGGUGUGUCACGCCUUGGAGUUCUGUGAACAGGUCCCUGGCCAACCUUUGUGCCAUCUCUACCCCCUUCCCAAGGUGGCAUGGAAAUUUACACUGGAGAAGGCACGAGAGAUUGUCAAGGGAUCCCCGACUCUGAAAUAUUCCAGAAGCAGUGCUGAUAUUUGUUGCCUCCCAUUUUUGGCCAAGAUCUGUCAGGAGAUUAAAUCAGCCAUACAAAAUUCUGUGCCAUUCAAAGAUGUCGACUCAGACAAAUACAGUGUUUUCCCGACCCUGCGUGGCUACCACUGGCGAGGAAGAGACUGCAAUGACAGCGACGAAAUGGCAUACCCGGGCAGAAGGCCAGACAACUGGGAUGCACAUCAGGAUUCAAACUGUAAUGGCAUUUGGGGUGUUGACCCAAAAGAUGGAAUUCCAUAUGAGAAGAAAUUCUGUGAAGGUUCACAGCCCCGGGGGAUCAUUUUGCUGGGAGACUCAGCUGGGGCUCAUUUUCACAUCCCUCCUGAAUGGAUCACAGCUUCGCAGAUGUCCUUGAAAUCCUUCUUCAAUUUACCAACAGCUCUUACCAAUGAGCUCAACUGGCCCCAGCUCUCUGGUGCUACCGGAUUUCUGAACUCUACUAGUAGAAUGAAAGAAAACUCCAUUUACCUUCGUUUACGGAAAAGAAACCGCUGCAAUCACAGAGACUACCAGAAUCUUUCAAAAAAUGGUGCGUCCUCCCAAAACCUGGAGAGAUUUAUAGAAAGUUUGUCCAGGAAAGAGCUGUUGGACCAUCCAGCCAUCGUCAUAUACGCCAUGAUUGGAAAUGAUGUCUGCAGCAGGAAGAUUGACCCGGUCCCAGAAAUGACCACUCCUGAGCAAUUCUAUUCCAAAGUCAUGGAGUCUCUGAAGUUCCUGAAUUCCCACCUGCCGAAUGGGAGCCACGUUAUUUUAUACGGCUUACCUGAUGGAGCCUUUCUCUGGGAUCAUUUGCACGACAGAUAUCAUCCUCUCGGCCAGCUAAACGAGGACGUGACCUAUGACCAGUUCUACUCCUUCCUGAGCUGUCUUCAGAUCACCCCCUGCCAUGGCUGGAUGUCUUCCAACCAGACACUCCGCACUCUCACUUCAGAGAGAGCGGAACAACUCUCCAAUACACUGAAAAAAAUUGCAACCAGCAAGAAAUUUACAAACUUCGAUCUGUUCUACGUGGCUUUUGACUUCCAGGAAAUUACAAAGAAGUGGCAGAAGAGAGGCGGGCAGCCCUGGCAGCUCAUUGAGCCCGUCGAUGGAUUCCACCCCAAUGAGAUCGCUUUGCUGCUGUUGGCAGAUGGUUUCUGGAACAAAGUGCAGCACCAGUGGCCCCAUAUCCUGGGAAAGGAGAAUCCGUUCAACCCCCAGAUUGAACAGGUGUUUGGAGACCAAGGUGGGCACUGAGUCCCUUGUGGACAUGCACUCCAGGGCAGCUCAGAUAACAGAACCUUGGCAAACUCAUCCAACAAGCAGUUAUGGGGCUGUGAUAUCACAGACUCAUUGGCUCUCUUUAGCAGCAUCUUUGCAAAGUGUUUUUCUCUCACCUAAGAGCAUAUUCAAAUGACAGUGUGAUUCUGUGUGCUUCUGGAUCAGUUCCCCUCCAACUGACGCUCAAAUGACCUUUAAUAAAGUGCUUUGGGUGCCAUUCCAAGUAAGAGAGAACAUGCGGCCUUGAGCAGCCAAUUGUUCUAAAAACAAGUAAGAAAUCCGGCAUGUUCGGCAACUUACUGAGGGUGUUGGUGCACCGAUCCUCCCUCAUUGUUAACGUUUCAUGAUGGCUCUUCCUCAGAAGGCUGCUGACUGGGUGCCAAGGACUCACAAAAGAACACAAACCUGUACACACAAAAUUAGGGACAAACGUGAAUAUGUAGAAUGAGAAAAGAAAUCCCCACUAUCUACAAAUGUUUAAAAAUUUACAAAUAUCAUAAGACCCACAAAGUCCAGAAAAAAAUGACAACUUUUCUUUAUUUAAACGAUACUCUUAUAUUUCUUUGGCUACAUUACCGAAUUGUCUCUUCUUAUA